GGGGAUUUUUUUGAGGUUGUCUCCAGCUCGUGAGGAGCAGCUCCGCCGCAUGUUCAGAAAAUGACGAGUUCUCUGCAGAAGGUUGUGGCUCAGAAGAAGGAGGCCAUCGAGGCGCUGAUGGACAUGUUGGAGAGGGGGGCCGAGGUGCUGGCCAGCACCGUGGGCGAGCUCUUCCCCCUCUGCGAGGCCGCCGCUCCGGUCCUCCGCCUGGCUCUGGACAACGUGCAAAGCAAAGAGGUGUUUUACGUCAAAGAGCAGUUCCUGACGGUGAGGAAGCAGCUGGACGUGCUCUCCAGUCAGCUGGAGGACAUCGACUGCGAGAUCAAGAAGGGAAGGCUGGACUCGCACUACUUCUCUGUGGAGGAGAACAUCAGGAACCAGUUUCGGAAGUACAUGGACAUCUUGGAGGCAAAGCAGCAGUUCAGGGAAGUGAAGACAAAGCUGUUUUUGGAGCACUUUGCCAAAACUGGAGGAGAGAAGAACCUGAUGGUGCUCUACGACGCUCUGAUGGGAACAAACACGUUUGGAGAAUCCAUUCUAGACGUGGUGGAAAGGUACGUGGCGAGGAACCGCCGUCUCCUGGAAGACUUCUGUGUUCGGAUGAAGGAGCUCUUCUGCCUGGGCUUGAUCGCUCUGCUCGGCCACUGUGCUUUGACCCUGCAGAGCCCAGAGGAGGAGCAGGACAAAAUCCAAGAGUGGAGCAGCAGAGUUGAAGAAGUGGAGUCCAGGAUGAAGACCACCAUCAGCUCCUGCGUCGCUGCGUUCCCGGAGCAAGCCAAAGUGGACGUGCAGCACGUCCUGCAGGAAAAGGAGGCAGAAAGUCUGCAGGACACGAGCCAGCAGGUCCUGGACUUCUUGGUGAAGAAGUACGACUGGGUGUGCUGGUCGGUGCGGCUCAUCAACCAUUCGAGCAGCGCUUAUCGGAGCCUGAGGGCUGGGAAGCAUUUUCACCACGUGGCUGGUCAGAACUGGUUCGAGGUGCUUCAGGUGAACAACAUCAACCUGGUGGUGUCGUUCAGCACCGACCCCCAGCCCGUGCCCCGCGACUGCGUCCGGCAGCUGCUGGAGGGUCAGGGCAGGAAGGGCAAUGCUCCAGAGGUGGUGGAGGCCUUGGAGAAGCAGCUGUGCGGCUUCGUCGUGCACGCGGUCAGUCGUCACAAAGAGUCUGCUGCUGCGUGGAGCUUUCCAGAAGACUGCCACUACUGGGAGCGCCACAAGAACGUGGCGGUGUGCGUGCACUCAGAGUAAAGCUGCCAGGUGCAGGAGCGAGCCUUCAGCUGCAGCACGCAGGUAAACCCAGGCCGAGUCGCCCCUUG